CGCCACUCAGCGCUACGCAAAGUGCGAUUUCAGGAGCACGACUGGAUAACCAAGAAUGGCCGCUAUCCGAUGCCUUCUGAAACGGAGAAUUGUGAACUAGUCACGGUUACUGAUGAAGAAAUUAAGAACUGCGUCCGGACAGUGCCGCAUCUUGAUACUUUGAUCCUGGUGAAAGCCAUGGUACAUCGAAGAACAUUCAGCCAUCCUUUCAGGUCGAAAAGAAAGGAAAGUGUUAAUUUACGGAAAACAGCGUCGGCAAGUGAUUCAUUGCAGUUGAGUGAAAGAAGUCGAAGUAUGGAAAUUGAACAUAUGUUGGACAAAAAGUCAGGUAAAACAGUAGAAGCGGAGAUGAAGAAUCUUUCGCUGCGAGUUAAACCAGCCGAAGCAGCAGUGGCUUGUGGAAAUGGCAGGAGUAGUAGUCAGCGGGCUUCCAGCCGUUUCUAA